UACCACUGAUCACAAGAUGCUAAGUCAGAAGUGUUGUCAUAAACCACAAGUUUCUCAAACUUGGUGGCAGGACCGAAUUCACCCGAACGCAUCCCAAUGCAUCUCAAAUGUCGCUCGAGCUGCAUGACAUCGAUGUUAAGUGAAGCCAGUAUAAGAGCUGAAGUAACGCCUUUCGACUUCAAAUGAUAAAGAUGGAGCAAUUUGACCAAGAAACACUGUCACUUCUGGAAGCUGCAAGUAUUACCAAUGAGCUAUUACCCUCAUUGACACGGGAAGACCUAAGAGACCUUAUGCCAGGGCCGGAGAAUUUUCUGAGGAGAAAACACAUUUGGGAAGCUGUCCAUUCAGAGGAAAGCUCAUCCUCUGAACCAGUCACGGAUAACAACAUACCCAAGACACAAGAAGUAACGCCAGAAAAAGUAAUAAAGAUAUGUAGUCCAGAGUAUGUUGUGUACACAGAUGCAGAGCUUGAGCAUGUGCGCAAAUACUACUUUGAACUUCAUCGCAAUGGGCAAGCACAUGAGUGUGUUAUGUCCAAAGAGCUGCGAUGUCGCUUGGUCAGAAAUACUAUUACUUCAAUGAUUUCAAUUGUACGAGGCUAUGACAUGAAGGAAAGAAGAGAUUGGGGAGAGUAUCCCUCCCGUGAAGAAUUGACUGCCAUGGCCAUGAGGGUAAUUCAAUAUUACCCCAUGCUGCAAGAUGCAAAUGGGACUAAGCCAUGGGAGCCUAUCCUGCGACAAAUGCUAAAAAGAUUGCAGAAUGUGAAAUCCACCCUGACGUUGAAACUAUCAACACCCAUGCACAGUCAAGCUUCUGUUGUCAAGAAAAGACGACUUCAGUUCCAGCAAACCGACAAAGAGGCUGAGUCUGCUACUGGUUCAAUUGAAACAACUCAGAUGACUGAUCCCCCAGAGAGCACUUGUACAGACCUGGACAAUAAUAACACAGUGCACGAUCCUCAGUCAAGAAAAAUGCAGGCCAGACAUUAUAAGGCUCUUCAGGAGCUCUUCAAGAAAACAAAACCAAACAAAGAGGACAUCGCUCAUCUAUUGGACCUGGAAUUUGAGUCUAGGAGGUCUUUCAUAGAGUGUUGUUCAGACAAAGCGGAGCGGGCCAAGGCAGUCUUGGAGGCUUAUCCUUGCUUUUCAGAGUGUCAACAUAUUAUGGAUGAAUUGGGGCGAAUCAUUGAGGCUGACAACAAGAGGUACUCAGACCAACUGAAAGCUCGAUGGGGAAAGUUUUACCAAAAUGCACUGUUCUUUGGAGCGUGGAAGAAGGCAUUGAAACCACCUAUGGGUCUGGAUGAAUCUGCACAGGCCAUUGCCUUUAUGGAGGCACUCCCACAAAUGUUCCCUUCCCCAACCGCCCCCCCGAGAAAACUAAAGUCAGCAAGUGAGGCUCUCUACCAUGUCCUUGAGCCAUCUGAGGACCCCAAUGUCUUUUUGCAAAAAAGGCCGCUUAGGACUCCCGUCAUCCUCAUCGACACAAAAAAUGUGCUUCUGGCAGUUAGCAAUACUCCGGUGAUGACCUUACCAAGGGACAUGCUUCCGCAAUCCCUAAUAAUCAUGAUGGGUUGCUAUUAUGUGUUCCAGUUCACAUAUCCAAAAUGUAUUGCAACACUAUUGUCAAUCAUACAGACAGAGGUACUCAAGGAUGCAAUUCACGAGAGUGACAUGACCACAUCAUAUAAGAAGGUGCUUACUGAUUGGCAAGAAUUUUUCAAAACCUAGUCUGUCUCCCCCUUUGUCUUUGUCAACCUCUCUCUGUAUGUCACUCUUCUCUAUGUCUCUCUCCCUUUUCAUUUACAGGUUAAUAAAACAGUAAUAAAUAAUAUCUUGUGUCACGUUUCCUGAUUUUAAGAGCUUGUGGUCUGAUUUGAAGUAACUUAAUGCUUAAGAAGUACUCUAUAGGUAAAUCAGUGUUGUCAGUCUAAAUUUCACUCUUAUUUUAAGAUUUUGUGGUCUUAUGUAAAAGCCUGAAUUGUCUCUUAUUUCAUUCUGUGCUUUUGGAGUAAUUGUGCAGCUUUAAUUGUCUCUUAUUUCAAGUACUAAUGCCUCAGAAGUUCACUAGAUUUGAGUGACAUCAGGCUUAUUU